GUUUGCACUGCAGGAUCCAGAGAUGGCAUCAGUGAAGCUGGAAGACUGCAGUCAAACACUGGAGCUGAAUGUCAACAUUAAAGAUGAAGAAGAGGAGGAGAAGAUUGGGAAAUCUGUUUCUCAUGGAGACCGUGUUGAGACGUUCUCUACAUCCAGAGAGCAACAGCAGGAAGAUCACAGAGAUAAGAGGUCUCACCACUGCCCACAUUGUGAGGAGAUUUUCCUAUUUCUAUCAAAGCUAAAAAUACACCUAAAAAUACACACAAUAGAGAAUCGGUUUUCCUGUACUGACAGUAGGAAGAAUUUCACAACAUCAAAGGCUCUGACAGUUCAUCAGAGAGUGCAUACAGGAGAGAAGCCGUAUUCCUGCUCUGACUGUGUAAAAUGCUUCACAACAUCAACUGAGCUAAAAGUUCACCAGAGAACACACACAGGAGAGAAGCCUUACUCCUGCUCUGAGUGUGGAAAGAGUUUCUCUCAACUAGGCACCUUAAAACACCAUGAACGUAUACACACGGGAGAGAAGCCUUACUCCUGCUCUGACUGUGGAAAGAGUUUCUCUGUACUGGAACACUUGAAAGCACAUGAACGCAUACAUACAGGUGAGAAGCCUUACUCCUGCUCUGAAUGUGUUAAAUGCUUCACAACAUCAACUGGGCUAAAAGUUCAUCAGAGAACACAUACAGGAGAGAAGCCUUACUCCUGCUCUGAUUGUGUAAAAUGCUUCUCAACAUCAUCUAGGCUAAAAGUUCAUCAGAGAACCCAUACAGGAGAGAAGCCUUACUUCUGCUCUGACUGUGCUGUGAGUUUCUCUCUACUGAGCCACUUAAAACGACAUACACAUAUACACACAGGAGAAAAGCCUUACUCCUGUUCUGACUGUGGAACGAGUUUCUCUCUACUGAGCCACUUAAAACGACAUACACAUAUACACACAGGAGAAAAGCCUUACUCCUGCUCUGACUGUGGAAAGAGUUUCUCUGUACUGGGUCACUUAAAAAGACACCGACAUGUACAUACGGGAGAGAAGCCUUAUUCCUGCUCUGACUGUGUAAAAUGCUUCACAACAUCAACUGAGCUAAAAGUUCAUCAGAGAACACACACAGGAGAGAAGCCUUACUCUUGCUCUGAUUGUGAAAAAUGUUUCACAACAUCAACUGGGCUAAAAGUUCAUCAGAGAAAACACACAGGAGAGAAGCCUUACUCCUGCUCUGAUUGUGUAAAAUUCUUCACAACAUCAACUGGGCUAAAAGUUCAUCAGAGAACACACACAGGAGAGAAGCCUUACUCUUGCUCUGACUGUGGAAAGGGUCUCUCUCGAAUGGGCCAGUUAAGAAGACACCAACGUAAACAUAAAGGAAAUAUGCCUUACCACUGAUCUGACUAGAAAAUGUUUUAAAACAACAGCUGAGCUAAAGGUUUAUCAAAGAACACACAGGAGAGAAGCCUUAUGUCUGCUCUCAAUGUGGCAAGAGUUUCUCCCAAUUGGGCAAUGUAAAAACACACCAACAGAUACACACUUAAGAGAAGCCUUAUCACUGCACUGACUGUGAGAAGAGAUUCUACAGAUUGGGCCAUUUAAAAAGACACCAAUGUAUACAUAAAGGAGAGAAGCCUCAUCAGUUCUCUCAGACCAGCUAAGAUUAAUCACGCCACUUAAUUAUCAUCUCAUAAAGUAAUUGGCAACGUUGAAUUGGCUCAAAUUAAGAAAGUGUAGAACACUCUAUUGUAAUCCUAUUGAUUCUCACUGUGAGAGAACUGUGCAGAGGAAAGGGAGUGGUUUAUAGGAUGUUAGCCUCUUU